UUGGACAUUAUUGAAUGUUGAUGGAAAAGGAAAAGAUAAUUUAAACUCCCGUUUAGAUUUACAAGAGAUGGGGAUCCGAAAAGCUUUGCAUCCUAAGAAAAAGGCUAAUGGAAAAUAUUAUCUUCCUCCUGCAUGUUUCACAUUGAGUAACACACAAAAAGACAUCCUCUUACAAGUGUUAAAAGAUGUGAAAGUGCCAGACGGAUAUGCUUCAAAUAUCUCAAGUUGUGUUGAUCUGAAGCAAUGCACAAUGCAUGGGUUGAAGAGUCAUGGCUGCCAUAUUUUAAUGCAACAACUCCUUCCUAUUGCCUUGCAGAAUCUCCUGCCAGUGAAUGUACUUAAGCCAUUGAUUGAAUUAAGUAAUUUCUUUAGGGGCAUUUGUUCAAAAGAUCUGAAGAUAGGUGACUUGAAAAAACUCCAAGAUCGAGUUGCAAUAACUCUAUGUCAUUUGGAGAGAAUAUUUCCUCCAUCUUUCUUUGAUAUCAUGGAACAUCUACUUAUCCAUUUAGCUGAAGAAGCAAUGUUGGGAGGACCUUCACAAUAUCGCUCAAUGUGGUUUAUCGAACGGUUCUUGCUUUGUCUUAAAAACUACGUAAGGAAUAGACAUUAUCCAAAAGGUGCGAUUGCAGAGGGACGUUGGAUAGACAAGUUAAUGACGUUUUACUCAUGGUAUUUAGAUGACGUCGAGACUAAGUCUAAUCCACCUUUAAGAAAUGAUGUUUUAUCUAAUGAAACGACAAACCAAGAGGGUCGUCGAUCAAGUACAGAGAAAGGAUUUAAGCUUGAUGACAUUACACGUGCUCAAGCCCACAAAUAUGUUUUGUUUAAUUCUACCUCCACAACUUCAUAUCGUGAGUAAGUAUUAAAUCAUAAUUUAUACUUAGUAAUUAAUUAUUAAAUAAUUUUCUUUCAACUUUUUACUAAAUAGUUAUGUGUUUUACUUCCGUUGUGAACACAUAAAAGAAAUCAAGAAGGAAAAUCCUCGUCUAUCAAGACAUAAUGUGGAUCGAAUUCAUAAUGAAAGAUUUCAACUAUGGUUUAGAAAUCAUGUAAGUAUCAACUAGCUAAAAUAUUUGCUCAUAUAUUACUAUAUAGGUAAUUAUAACUUUUAGAUCACAUCUUUAUUUUUGAAUGCUAGGUCGAGAAGAUGCAUAUGGCUAGUGAAAAAAUAUCCAAGGAUAUUCAAACUUUAGCUAUUGGCCCAUUAAUACAAGCAAAAAGAAUGACUGGCUAUAUAUGUGAUGGAGUUAGAUACUUAACAGAGUCUCGUGAUGUUAAGAGAAAAACUCAAAAUAGUGGUAUUAUGUUAAAGGCUAUCACUCAAAGUUAUGCAAGCACAAAAGAUAAAAAUCCCAUAUUGGCAGAGGUUUCUUUUUAUGGAAUCCUCACAGACAUAAUUGAGUUAUAUUAUUCCAAGAAUCUCAAGUUUGUAUUGUUUAAAUGUAAAUGGGUGAACAAUAGCAAGGGGCUUAUUGAGAAAGAUGAUUAUGGAUUUACUCUUGUGAAUUUUAAUCAUCUACUCUAUACAAGACAUCA